AUGUCGCCCACGGCAACCAUCGAGUAUUCCUCGGAUGCGCCAGAGCCGCAGCAGUAUCCUCGUCUGGCAAAGCACCAUCUUUUAGCUGAUAACACGCCCGACUAUCUUCGCCUCAUACUGACUUCCAAGGUCUACGAAAUAUUAAAAGAGACUCCUCUCGUUCUCGCGACCAAUCUGAGUGCCAAACUCGGAAAUCAGAUAUGGCUCAAGCGAGAAGAUUUGCAGGAAGUCUUUAGCUUCAAAAUUCGCGGCGCAUAUAAUUUUAUGGCGAGUCUUAGUGAGGAGGAACGUUGGAAAGGUGUCGUCACAUGUAGUGCCGGAAAUCAUGCCCAAGGUGUUGCACUAUCCGGCGCGAAGCUAGGCAUUCCUUGCACUAUCAUCAUGCCCUGCGGUACCCCCUCCAUCAAGGUCCGCAACGUCUCCCGUUUAGGUGCAAAGGUCAUCCUCUAUGGCAUAGAUUUUGAUGAAGCCAAGGCGGAGUGUGCGAGACUUGCAGAGACCCAUGGACUCGCGUUCGUUCCUCCGUAUGACGACCCACUUGUUAUUGCAGGACAAGGAACGGUUGGGAUGGAAAUCCUGAAGCAGCUUCCUGACUCUGAAAGCCUGGACUUCAUUUUUUCGGCUAUUGGAGGUGGAGGCCUUGUCUCUGGAAUCGCCGAGUACGUGAAAAGGAUCGGAAGUCCCAAGACCCAAGUUGUAGGAGUCGAAACUGUCGACGGUGAUGCUAUGGAAAGAAGUCUUGCAAAUGGUGACCGUGUCACCCUACCUGAGGUCGGUCCUUUCAGUGACGGGACGGCUGUUAGAAUCGUGGGGAAAGAACCGUUUAGAAUAUGCAAGGAGCUUCUUGAUGGUGUAGUCAAGACAGACAACGACGAAAUAUGCGCAGCUAUCAAAGAUAUAUUUGAAGAGACUAGAUCUAUUACAGAACCCGCCGGUGCUUUGGCUUUGGCCGGUCUCAAGCGAUACAUUACACAGAAUAACCUCGUAGGCGCGCAAAAACGAUUCGUUGCCAUUGUCAGUGGCGCGAACAUGAACUUUGACCGACUUAGAUUUGUCGCAGAGCGCGCUGAAUUAGGAGAAGGGCGAGAAGCUCUCAUCAGCGUUGAUAUCCCGGAAAAACCUGGCAGCUUCAUUCGACUACAUACCCUCAUACAUCCUCGUGCUGUUACGGAGUUCCUCUACCGGUAUAACGCUUAUGGCUCCCCAGAUCGAGCUCAUAUAGUGUUUUCGGUCAAGUUGGAGUCUAAUAAUCGGGCAGCAGAAAUUGAGCAGCUGCUCCUGGCUCUUGCAAAUGAAGACAUGAAAGGAUUUGACAUCAGUGACAACGAAUUCGCGAAAAGCCAUGGGCGGUAUAUGAUAGGGGGUACGCAGGUCGUACCGAACGAAAGGGUUUUUAGAUUUGAGUUUCCCGAAAGGCCCAGCGCUCUUCGCAAUUUCUUGCUGGGCAUGCAACAAGACUGGAAUAUUAGCCUGUUCCAUUAUCGCAAUCAUGGCGCAGACUUGGGAAAGGUUCUAGCUGGUAUCCAAGUACCACUAUCUGAAUAUGACGCUUUUGACAAGUUCUUAACCAAGAUCAACUACACGUUCGUAGAGGAGACGAAUAACCCGGUGUAUAAGCAAUAUCUACGCGGUGAAGUAUAA